AUGUCCAUGUCGACUGGAGUAGAACCGACGAUCGACGUGAAGGUUUUCGUGGACAAGGAGAGGAACAGGGUGCUCUUCGCGGAGUCCGGCAAGGAGUUCGUCGACGUUCUCUUCGGCUUCCUCACGCUGCCCCUCGGCACCGUCGUCCGCCUCCUCGGCGGGCAGUCUCAGGUGGGAUGCCUGGACGAGCUGUACGGGAGCGUCGAGGGGCUCUCCACCGACCUGUUCAGGACCGAGGCAUGCAAGGCGAUGCUGCUCAGGCCCAUCAACGCCGCAGCGAAGCAGUGCUGCCAGUUGAAGGUCAGAGUCGACGACACCAAGCACAGGGAGGUUUACGUCUGCGGUGACACGAGCUGCAGCGUCACUGCUUUCAGCUCCGUCCCCGGCGUCGUCUGCCGUUGCGGAGGCAUGAAGUUCAUCGUCACCGACGAUCUCAGAGUUGCACCGGCCUCAACUUCUCUCAUGCUGACCCUUUUGGACGAGUUUCAAGUGCCAGAUCCAUCCAGUCUUGAGCAGAGGAUUCUCCGGUUCAGUUCUGACAAGAUAAUUGACCUGCUCAGGAGGUCAUUAACGUCGCAGAACCCGUUAACUGAUCACUAUCUUGACGUCGCUGUCGCGCCUGAUGAUUCAGUAGUGGAUAUGCUUCCUGAGUACUUGCAUCCUAAAGAAGAAGAUACUGAGGCUGAGCACUCACUAGUUAAUGCCAGCCUAAGGGUUCUCCAGACAAAGAACAACUCCAAGGUGUUGUACGCCGAAGUUAACGGCGAUUUUGUGGAUCUUCUCCUCGGAUUACUGACCAUACCUCUAGGAUCCAUAGUGAAAAGAUACGGGAAAUCGGCAUCGAAAGGAUGUUUUGACAAUCUUUACACUAGCAUAGAUGGAAGUGCUCAAGGAUGCUUGAGGCCAGAAUGCCAGAACUUGCUAUUGUCCCCAAUGUUGGCGCCCUUCUUUGGCUGUGGCGCUAGCACGAUGCUUCAAGUGCAAGAACUAGCUCCAGAUAAUCAAGAGAUCAAUGCUUGUUUGAAGUGUAUCAAGGAUCGUGGUUUUGCGAAUCUUCCAACUGUCAUGGGAAAUUUUGCAAGCACUCUGCAAGUUGUUAUUGAAGCCAAACUUCAGAGAAAGGACCUUGUAGAGAAAGAAGUCGCCCUUACAAAACCCCAGGUUAUGGAACUACUCAAAGCUGCCCUGGUGACUCGCAGAGCUCUUAGCACCGUGCUUCUGCCCGCCAAGAUCAACAAGAAGCUGCAUUACCACAGCUUCGGUCUAUAUUAG